UUCAGUGUCCAAAUUUCCCACUCCUAUAUAUGGUACAACAUUCAUAAGAAACACCAUGGACCUGUAUGAUGAAUGGGACCUCCGUGUUUAAUGCAAGAACAGAGGAUAUCUUAUGCUGGUUAAUCAACGCCAGCCAAAAACAACGAAAACAAGAGGAGAUUCACAGAGAGAGAGAGAGAGAGAGAGAGAGAGAGAGAAGGAAAAGCAAAAGCAAAAGCAAAAAGAAGAGGAAGAGAAAGAGGAGCUAGAGAUUUCCUUUUCUUCUUUUUCCGUCUUUCUUCUCUGUGCUAAUCAUAUACCAUUGAAAUUUUCCUGUCUCCAAAAGUUUCUUUUCCUUCCCAUAAAAUCCCAUAAAUUCAUCUGAACCACCCUUUUGAUCUAAAUCCCAGAUCCUCAGAUUUUACAUUUUCAUAUGCCACAUAAAAUGUACAUGGAGAAGUUUGUAAGUGUAGAUCAUUGUACAUGUAUACACGGUGUUACUUCUGAAUCUACUGCAAUGAGCCUGUACACCCAGAAAACGACAUCCUACUCGGGCUAAAGACUUACAAUUCAUGGCUCCAAGUACGUUUAGAAAUGUCAUUGGAGCAGUCAAGGAUCAAACUAGCAUCAGCUUGGCCAAAGUUGGUAGCAGCUCUUCGUUUUCAGACCUCGAGGUGGCCAUUGUCAAGGCGACCAGGCACAAAGAAUAUCCUCCGGACAAGAAGCAUAUUAGAGAAAUCUUGAGCAUAACGUGUUACUCGCCUCAAUAUGUAGGCGCAUGCAUUAGCACCAUUUCUAGGCGCAUAAGCAAAACAAGGAACUGGGUUGUGGCAUUGAAGACAUUGAUGUUGAUCCAGGGGCUACUUGUAGAAGGAGAUCCAGCCUUUGCACAGGAGAUUUUCUUUGCUACAAGGCGUGGGACUCGUCUUCUUAACAUGUCUGAUUUUCAAGACAGAUCUAGUUCGAACACAUGGGAUUAUUCUGCAUUUAUCCGAACAUAUGCGUUGUACCUGGAUGAACAGCUUGAAUUCAAGAUGCAAGGCAGGAGGGGAAAGUGCAGCACAUUUGCCUACGACGAGGAAAAAGAGGUUGGCCGGAUGGACAAGGGUGUUGGGGCAACACCUGUGCACGAAAUGAAAAAAGAAAGCAUAUUCUCGAGGAUUCAUCAUCUGAUGCAAUUUCUUGAGAGAUUUUUAGCAUGCAGACCAGCAGGGGUUGCAAUAUAUAACAAGGUUGUAACUGUUGCUCUGUACCCUAUAGUGAAAGAGAGCUUUCAGCUGUAUUAUGACAUAUCAGAAAUCAUUGGUAUCUUGAUUGAUCGAUUCAUGGAGCUUGAUAUCCCUGACUCAGUAAAAGUUUACGAGAUCUUCUGUCGAAUUUCGAAGAAGUAUGAUGAUCUUGACGUUUUUUAUGACUUCUGCAAGAGUGUCGGAGUAGCACGUUCUUCAGAAUAUCCAGAUGUUGAGAAAAUACCACAGAAGAAACUAGAAGUCAUGGAUGAAUUCAUCAAAGAGAAGUCAAUAAUGGCACAAAAGAGGAGGGCUCAGACCACGGCACCAAAACCUGAACCGACUGAAGAAACCAAGGAGUCGAAACCCAAAGAGGACAAUAAUGGAAUUAAAACCUUACCACCGCCAGAAGAAUACCAUGAUACAUAUAGAGAAGAAAAGAAAGAGGAAGAGGAGACCUCGAAGGAGAAAGAUAACAAAACCCAAGAAGUAAGAGAUUUGUUGAACUUAAGUGAAGAUGCAACAAAUACAGAAAAUCAUGGAGACAAACUGGCUUUAGCCCUAUUUGAUGGCUAUCCAGCGCCAACCAUGACGAGUACUGUAACUCCAUGGGAAGCCUUCAAAGAAUCAGAUGAUUGGGAAGCAGCACUGGUUCAGUCAGCCAGCUAUUUGUCGAACCAAAAGGCAUCACUUCCCGGAGGAUUUGACUCAUUGAUGCUUGAUGGAAUGUAUCAACAAGGGGUCAUAGCUCAGGCAGCAUCUUCUUCAGGUCUUAUAGCCACUGGAAGUACAAGUAGUUUUGCACUAGGUUCAACUGGAAGGCCAGCCACGUUAGCAUUGCCAGCACCAACUGGUGGAGCAGCCAACAUGUCUACAGAUUCCGACCCUUUUGCAGCCUCACUCGCAAUAGCACCACCACCUUACGUUCAGAUGUUUGAGAUGGAAAAGAAACAGAGACAGUUGGUAGAAGAGCAGUUAAUGUGGCAACAGUAUGCAAGAGAUGGACUGCAAGGACAAGUAGGACUAGCUAACCUACGUCAAAAUCCAUAUCCAAACAAUACAGGAGGUUACAUGAGAUCCUACUGAAGAGGUACAGAGAAUUAUAAAGCGCUAAGGAAAACGAGUCUUUCUUGUACCAACUGGAAAUAUUGUCAGGAACCUUGAAACAGAUCUGUUGAUGCCAUGGGAAAUCAAGUGCUCUAAAAGAUACUGAGUAUAAUAUAAUCUAUAAGGUACUCGUACUAACAGAUUACGGUAGUAGAGUGACAAUAGUACAUUUUUAUCCUGGAGGUGGAGAAGAAAAAAUCACAUUGCAAAUACUAAAUGCUUAAUAUAUUAUAAAAAAUAAAAUGGAAAAUAAAUUGACUGAAAUGGAUUUUCACUCAGCAAUAACUCUUUUUGCAUAGUAUUUAUUAUGAUAGGGCUACUGUUAAAUUGAGAAAUGUAGAGAGAUCAGUUAGCCAGAAAAUAACUAUUAUGACAUGAAAACUUGACGUACUCCGGAAAGUUGUCAGAACUAUAGUAACAAAUUACUCCAUGCUUUUGAAAAUACAGCUAUUCUAAGAAUGCUUUCAUUGAUACUGAGGCACAAAACAAGAACAGUGACAGACAACACUAGCAUUUUUAUGAUUCACAUCCCAAUGUAUGUAUACCUCAUGUCUAUCUCACUUGCAUUGACUGUGAAACUGCUAAGAGAAAUGAAUACCAGGUAUACUUUCACUGGAUAAUGGCGACAAUUGGCAUGGCCUCUACCAUUAUCGUUAAAGCAAUAACAUGCAAAACAAGCAGUAUCCAUUUGUACAGGUACAUAUAUUCACAUCAGUCAUAUCCACGAUUUUUGGCUGUAGAAUUUGCUGCACAUACCAAUCCCCUGUUGCACUUUUUAUUGGGUGUCAGGCAACUCGCUAUCGGCUGGUAUCUUAGUGGAGAUGCCAAGGCUCAUACCAA